UGCCGGUGCCGGUGCCGGGGCGGCGAUGGGCGCGGGGCGCGGGGCGGCCCUGGCGCUGCUGUGCGCGGCGGUGCUGGCGCAGGGCCGGCGGCUGAGCCCGGGCGAGCGGCGGGAGGCGCAGCGCGAGGUGCUGGCGGUGCUGGGGCUGCCCGGCCGCCCCCGGCCCCGCGCCGCCCCCCGCGCCGCUGCCCCGCUCUUCAUGCUCGACCUGUACCGGGCGGCGGCCGAGGGGGAGGAGGGCGACGGGGAGGGAGGGGGGUCGGUGCUGGGAACGCGCAGCUCCGCGCCCGGCACCGCCGCCAGCAGAGCCGACACCGUGGUCAGCCUCGUUAACCUCGUCGAGCGGGACCGGGACAUCUUCUCCCCCAAGCCGUACUGGAAGGAGUUCAGGUUCGAUCUGACACAGGCGCCCACGGGUGAGGUGGUGACGGCUGCCGAGUUCCGCAUCUACAAGGCGCGGGGAGUCCCUCGCUAUGCCAACAACACCCUGCACGUCAGCAUCUAUGAGGUUGCCGCCGAGCAUUCCAACAGGGAGUCUGACCUGUUCCUGCUGGAUGUCCAGGACCUGCGUGCCGGGAUGGAAGGCUGGCUGGUGUUUGACGUCACAGCUGCCAGCAGCCACUGGUUAGUGGAUCGGAAAUACAAUCUGGGGCUGCGACUGUACGUGGAGACAGACGAUGGGCUAAGCGUUGACCCGGGCUUGGCGGGGCUGCUGGGGCUGCGGGGGCCCCGCUCCAAGCAGCCCUUCAUGGUGACAUUCUUCCGAGCGAGCCCCGGCCCUGUGCGCGUCACGCGGGCGGCCAAGCCCCCGAGGAGGCGGCAGCCCAAGAAGACCAACGACCUCCCGCAUCCAAACAAGCUGCCGGGAAUUUUUGACGAUGUCCAUGCUGCGGACGGGCGGCAGGUCUGCCAGCGCCAUGAGCUCUACGUCAGCUUUCAGGACCUCGGUUGGCUGGACUGGGUGAUCGCACCCCAAGGUUACUCAGCCUACUACUGCGAGGGGGAGUGCGCCUUCCCCCUGGAUUCCUGCAUGAAUGCUACCAACCACGCCAUCCUGCAGUCCCUGGUCCACCUGAUGAAGCCUGAGGCUGUGCCCAAGGCGUGCUGUGCCCCGACGAAGCUCAGUGCCACCUCCGUCCUCUACUAUGACAGCAACAACAACGUCAUCCUCAAGAAGCACCGCAACAUGGUGGUGAAAUCGUGUGGCUGCCACUGACGGACAGGACCCGUCCCCAUCCCUGAAUGCCCCAUCCCAUCCCCGUCAGAGAAAUGUGACACUGGGUUUCUGCUGCAUGUGUGGAAAAGGAGUUUCAUGGGCUGCAUCCCGGCAAAGGCCAUUAAUAACAAUAAUUAAUAAAAAUAAAUCCCUCCCACCCUUCCUAGAAGUGGGUG